AUGAAAGAAUCAAUGUUAUUAUUAUGUACAAAGUUUGUAGCAAACUCUAAAAAGAGAGUGAAGAAUGAGUGGACUGAAUACUUGAAAUUAAUUAUGAAAGGAACACAAGAAACAAACAAACAAGUGAAAGUAGCUUGUGGGCAACUUAUGCUUGCUGUUGCUAUCAAUUAUGCGAGACCUUCGGAUGUUAAUCUAAAAAUCUUUGAAACUUCUCUUAAUAUUUCUUUGAAAGCUAUGGAGGAAACGGAUGAAGAAGUUAGAGAAGUGUUUAGUCAUAGCACAGCACAAUUAUUACUAUCAUGUAUGAGUGACACAGGUGUUUAUGAUUCCGUAGGUAAUGAAGAUGGUGGAACAACUCCAAGAAGUACAGCCAAACGUUCUAAAGAAUACACUUGUCUGUAUGCCAUCAUGGUUGCUACAGCACCUUUCACAAGAAUUGGACAAACAAAAGAGCUCAGAGCAGCUAUUUCAUCAUGUAUCAUUUAUUUCUUCUCUAAAUGCCCAGAGGAAGUCAUUAUCAACAAUAUGGAUACAAUUGUAAGAAAUUUAACAGGACUCAUCUCGAUCAGUUCAAACAACAUUACAAACAAUGACAAGAAAUAUGCCCAAACCUAUGUAACUAAAAUGAUUAGUAUUGGUCUUAUUGAUAGAUUAACAGAAGCAGGAAGACUUUCUUUACUAUCAAAUUUAGUUCAAUUAGUUGUUGGCCAUACAGUUUUGUCCAAUGAGAGUUGUUUUACAACUGUGCUAUAUUGUAUAGGAAAAUUAUGUAGAGUUUUAGGAGAAUGUGUUUCUAAACAAAGAGAUUCUAUUUUGGAUGCUAUUUUAUGUAGUCUUAAAUAUCCAUCUGAAAAUGUGAGAUAUGUUGGAGCAUUGACAAUUAAGCAACUCAUGGAAGCUUUACCAUCACACUCAACAGGUCUAAUUAGUGCUUUGAUGAACAUGGUACAAAUUGAUCAUGGUGAAUUAGCAACAGCUUCCAAGAGGGAUGAAAAUAUCAAAAAUUAUGCUAAUUCGUUACAUGGACAUUCAUGUGCCUUGGCUGCGUUAAUUACUGUAUCUGCCAAACAUAGCUUGACUAUUUCUCAUAGUUUGUGCUCUGCUGUUUUAGAUACAGCAUGUCUGCUUGGUAAAGCAGCUCAUCGAGAUAUUGAUGAUAUUUAUGUAUCUAUGAAGAGACAAGAAUCUUGUUGGAUACUUAUCUGUUCAGUUCUUUCUCUCAAUGAUUACUGGGUAAAGAAUAAUUUAGAGAAGAUUCUCGAAUUAUGGAAUGAAACAAUGAGUGGAAAGUAUGAAGAACCUAUUACUUAUACAACUAAGGAGGAAAUUAUUACAUAUAGACUCAGAUCUAGAGCUUGCUGCCUUCUUUCAUUGCAAGUUUUUAUUACUAAUUGUGCUCCUUUACUCACACCAGAAAAGAUGAACUUGAUUUUCGGAUAUAUUUCCUCCACCAUUGAGUUGCUCUCUAGUUUACCUACCAACUUUAAAUCUACUACUUCAAUAGGGUUAUACUCAAUAAGAUUACUCAAGAUGAAUUUAUUUAACUUGAUUGGAAAACUUCCAGAAGUAAUGCUUGCAUAUGUACCAUCUGUUGACAGCAAGUUGCAAUUACCUCAACAUAGACACGUCAUCAAUUUUGUUACCAAGAUGGCAUUUGCUGAGGCUGAUGCUACAUCAACAGAUUCAGUACCAGUUAGAACUUCUCUUGUUGAUUCAAUGGUUGAUCUUAAAGUCAAAUUGGAAGCAAUCGAAAGCAAAGUAACCUCAAUAUCAGUUGAUAGUUUAGAUGCAGCUUGUGUUUUAUUUGAUAAUAUUUCUAAUUUAUUCUAUUCUGAAAGUAUUUAUUUGAAAUUACCAUCACUGGCUGUCAGAUUAGUUGACUCCUCAAUCAGAUUGUUAGGAAAAUUAUUUAUUUACCACAAACCAAACUCCAAGACCCAAAUUAUUGAACAUUUAGUACAACAAAUCAAAACAGCUCUUGCCAAUAACUUCAUCUCUCCAUCAUCAACACCUUUAAGAAGUAGACUUGAUGAAGAAACAGGACCAGCCGAUGUUGGGUUGUGCAUUUUCAGUAACGUUGUUGCUUCUGUUUAUUGCAUUCUCAGAAAUUUAGAGACAAAUAUUGAAGAAAACAGGAAACACAAAUUUUUCACCCAAGUACAUUCCAUUCUGAAUGCUGCUUUAGGGUUUUCAGAUUCAUUUGUGAGAGCUGCUGCUGCCGAAUGUAUGCACUCAUUUGGUAAACUUAUAGGAGAUAUUUUACUCAAUGACCUUGUUAAGCGUUGCCAGGAAAAGAUCCUCACUACUAAUAUUGCCCUCAAAUCUGGUUUAGCUUUAGCUCUCGGUUCAGUCAAUAGAGCCAUUGGUGCUCUUAAGAGUAGAGCUUCCUUACCAUCAACAGUUAGCUUCUUGCUUGCUCUUUCAAAGAUUAUAGAAGAAGACGUUCAAAAGAGCUCAAUCGUAUCAAUUUACCAGACUAUUGAGACUAAUGGUGUUGCCUUCGUGCCUCACACUGAGUCAAUCAUUCAACACUUGUUCUUACUUCUCUUUGAAAAUCCAAACUCUCCAACCUCUAUUAUGACUGGAGUUUGUAAAAUUAUGCGAGCAUUGAUUGGUUUGGGCCCAGAGCUUUUGCAACUCAGAAAUCUUCCAUUCGAUAAGAUUUUCCAAUACUUUAUUACUGACAUUAUGAAUGCCACUUUAACCACCUCUGAAUUGGAUAUUACCGAUGGAUUACUAAUUGAAUUUGUUAGACUGAUGCAAAGAGCUAUCAUUUUUACACCAUAUAUGAUUUCUGAUUUUGAAAUGAUUGUUCAAUAUUUGAAGCAAGUACUCUCCACAAAGAAGGAAAGAUUGUACAUAGAAAACAUACAAAACGAGAUUGGUCAAUGUAUCAAGAUUAUUUGUGACCAAAGGCCAGAACUUAUUUCUAAAUACUUCUCACCUGAAGAAUUGUUCCAAAUCAUUGAUUCAAUUGAUUUUAGUAUUUCACAAGCUCUCACCUAUCAAUCACUUUCGCAAAGUUCAAAUGAUAGCUAUGUUUCUGGAAAUAACCAAGAAAAUCACUUUAAGAAUAUUGUUUUAUCUUUAAUUUCAAGCAAAUUAAUACCACCAAAGGAUUGGGUCAAUUUGAUUUUUACAGUUGUUUCUUCAGAAACUAAGAUAGCAGAAGCAGAAAAGAGUCAAAGUGUAAUGUUGAGUGAUACUGAUGAAAAGGAUGAUACUCCUGUUGAAAGAAAAUCAGUAGUUGUUGCCUUCAGUUGGCAAACAAAGGUAUUCUCCAUGAAGUGUUUACAACAACUUAUCGAAACACUCAAGGAUGAGUUACAUCAUGUUGAUGCGGCUGUUGCUCUAAAGAAUACUGACAAGGAUUGUUUGGUUAAUCAUUUGGAAAAAAUAAUCAAUAUUUGUUCUAUUGCAACAAACAAAGGAACUAUUUCAGUUCAACAUGCUGGGCUUGUGUUAAUGAUUAAUAUUAACAAUGUCUUUGGAGAAGUACUUGAUCCAGUUAGUCCAUGUGAAGUUUUACUUCAACAACAUUCACUUAGAUUUACAACAGCUGUUUGUGAAACUAUCACACAAAUCAACUCGCCUCUACUAGUAUAUGUUGCAUGUCAACUUUCAUCAAUAAUCAUUCCUUCUAAGAUGCUUAGAAAUCAAAACAAAUUACUUUCCAUAAUGUGUUCCUACCUUGUAAAUUAUGUUAUUGAUGAAAAGUUAUUUAUUAAUGCAGGCGGUGAGGUUACUACUUGUAUGAUUAAGGUUUCUGUAUUAGCUGCUCUUGCUGAUAUUUAUGUAGCUGCUCAAGAAACUCAAAACACUGAACUCAUUGAAAUCCUUAAACCAAAUAUGAAGGAUAUAUUUAUUAGUUGGUAUACUUUAUUGCAAGAUUUUGCCAACUUGACAAUUGUGGUAACAGACGAAGAGGAUGACAACAUCUUGGUCAGAUCAAGUUCUGAUCAAUAUUCUCCAAUUUAUGAACAAGCUGAAGAAAAUCUUAACAGAUUCUACUAUGUUGCUUUAGGUACCGAAAGAAAUGUACUCUACUACUACAAGCAAGCUUAUGCUAGUGUUUUGAAUGGUAUUACGCUUGCAAAGGAGAAGGCUGGUCUUGAAGCUGUAGCUGAAGAUAUUGACUAUAAUGAUUCUCUAUUGAUUGGUCUUGCAAUUUCUGGAUUAUAUGGAACUGACAAGAGAAAUGUGGAUAAGGCUAUCAAGUGUAUUAAAGCUAUUGGUGAAAUAAUGGCCACCAAACAAUUCCAAAAACAUCACCAUGCUCCUGGAGCAGUUUUCGAAGUAUUCUUGCUAUUGAUUGAAAUUCAAGGAGUCAGACAUUUCCAACUUCAUAAUGCAUGCCUUGAACUUUUGGAAAAGAUUUUGAGUAGUGUAGAUGUUUCUCUCUUUGUUUCAAGUGAUCAAGUCAAUGCUCAAGCAGUUGUGACAACCAGUACUGAAGUUUGCUUAAAGCCAUUGAGACUUCAUUUCCCAUAUCUCUUCAAACAAGACAGUGAAUUUGAACUAGGAUCUUUUGAAUUGGAAAAGGAACAAAAACUUUUAAUUGCUAAUAGUAUGAAAUCCUUGAAAACAAUUGUUAAAGUCUUUGGCUUGUCAAUUACUGGUGCUGUAGUCCCAACUUUGUUGUACACAACCUGUAGAGUCAUUCAAUUCACCAAAUCAAACAUGGGUCUAGAUACCACAACAGCCAUAAUUGAGGUAAGCGAAAAAUUGAGAAAUGAAAGUGAAUCCAAAGAUCAAUCCAUCUCUGCUGAAGAGAAAUUCAGUAUUUGGCAAGUAGCAAUCAGUGCCUCUAUUGAAAAUAUUAUUGGUAGAGUUGCCUCUGGAAAGCUAAUUACCAAUCCAGAAGUUGAAUUAUUAUUUAUUUUCCUUUCUUCAUCUCUAUGUUCUGAUGUUUCAAUCCAUGAAAAUGUUGUCUCAGCUAUUCGUAAGGCAAUUACUUCUGACAUUGAAAUUCUUCACGGAACUGAUCAAAUCAAACAAGCCAAAUCAGUUGACAAUGUUUUCAACUUACUUUAUGGUAUUCAGAAUGGUAUUCUAUUCUUGGCUAGAAACGGUCUUGCAAAACUUUCAGUUUUCUAUUCUAUGAAGAUUGCUGAAGAAAUUGUUCUGAGUCUUUCAUCAGAAUCGAGACUUCUUGUUGUUAAUGGUGCAGAUAAGAUUGCUCCUCCAGCAAUCAAUAUUUUGUUGGCUGGUUUUUCACUUUUGGCUGAAUUGAAUACACCUUCUCAAGGUAUUCAAAGCUAUUUGAGUAUGAUUGUACCAAUGUUAGUGAAAGUAACUAAAUUUGCCAAGAAUAAUGCCCUUUCCAAACUCUUCCUUCUUGGAGUUCAAUGUUUUGACAGAUUGACCAAAGUUGCUCCAGAACAAUUCAAAUCCUUAAUCACUUCACAACUCUUACCUUCAUCAGUUUUACUGGAUAUUCAAGAUUUUGCAAAACAACAACAACAAGCAGCUGUUGCCAAGACAGAAAAGAAAGUUGCUGCCAAACAACCUAAGAAAAAGAUGACAAUGAACUUUUAAAUUGUAAAUUUAAUAAAUAUAUUUCUUUUAAUAC